AUGUCCGUGAAUCCGGUGAUGGGAAGUGAAACGGUUGCGGUCUAUGGUCGAGGUCUCGUGGAGGAAGAAAGCGACAAAUGUGGAGAACAUGGCGAACUUGAGGCUGGAGGCAUCUGCGAAUGUGAUCCCAAUUGGUACCAUAUUCAGAUUGAUGAUGGUUCCGUUAUGUGGUGUUCGUAUAACAACAGGGAGACCCCCGAUAUUCCGGGAUACUACUGGAAGGAGAAUGGCCUCAGUCCUGGGGAGUUCGAGGUUAAGUUGUCGACUUGCAUGCCUUUAAAUGCAGCUUUGUGA